AUGACGGUUCCAGCAAACGAUCAAGUCCCGGCCCCUGGCCCCAGCGUGCUGGACCUAAUCGAUGCCCAGGCCGAGCGAAAUUCAGAGGGUAUCGCAGCAGAAUUCCAACACAAGUCCAUCACAAACCGCCAACUGCGACAGGCCUCGAUGCGCGUGGCGAUCGAGCUGUACGCACGAGGAUGCAGACCCCAUGACCGCAUCCCGCUGCUCACUUCGAUGGGAUUGGAGAUGGUGAUUGCUGUGCUGGGAAUUCUUCGGUUGGGCGCCUGUUAUUGCCCGAUGGACUUCGCAGCGUGGAGCGAAUCUCGCGUUCGGGCGACUCUCGAGGCAGUGCAGUCGCGAUUUGUGCUCGGGACUGUCAAGGCAGAGGUACCUGGAUAUGAAAUCGUGCAAAUUGGCGACCUCCUCGGGGAGAGCGAGACUGCGGAUCUUUCCCCGAAAGGGCUUCAGCUCCUCGAGACGAUCCGACAAGAAAUGAGCCUGUUCGACCUCAUCUACAUCAUUUUCACGUCUGGGACGACGGGAAAGCCCAAGGGCGUGAUGAUUCCUCAUGGGAGUGCCGCACAUCUGGUUCUGCAGGACUUCCCAGGCUCCAUGACCGUUUAUCCCGGAUCAAGAGUGCUGUUGUUUUUCUCAGUGGCUUUUGACGGCUGCGCCGGUAUUGUCUUUUCGACCUUGUGCCACGGAGGCACGCUGGCCAUGGCGUCGCCAUCGGAUGUUCUAGACGUGGCGCCAUCAUGCACCACUCUAGUUAUGACUCCAUCUAUGCUUGCCAACGUGGCACCCUCGGCCCAGUUUGACCAGGUUCAUGAGAUCUACAUGGGCGGGGAGGCACCCACCGCUGCGUUGAUCGAGGAAUGGACCACCCCGACCCGCAAGGUGUACAACUCCUACGGGCCAACCGAAUGCACAACUGCCGUGUCAGUGGCCGAGAUGAAGCCCGGCGGACCGAUUAUUCUGGGAAACCUAGUCUCUGGAGUCGAAAUGAUACUUCUGGACGAGAAUCUGGAACACGAAGUGGAUGCAGGGGAGAUUUGUAUUCGCGGGCCUUGUCUGGCCGUGGGAUACCUCAACAACGAGACGCUUACAGCGGAGCGAUUUUUUAUGCGGAAUGGCAUUCGGCACUACCGUACCGGGGAUCUCGCUCGCCGAUCAGAAGCCGGUCUGCACUUUGUGGCUCGAACUGACCGGCUGGUCAAGAAUCGUGGAUUUCUUAUUAAUCUGGAGACCGAGGUUGAGCCAGCCCUCCUCAGUUUCCCCAGUGUGAAACGCGCAUCAGCCUUCCUUGAUCGAGGAAGAUUAAUUGGGUUUGUGAUUCCGGAAAGUGUUCCCAUCACCGAAUUUCAGCAGCACCUCGUGGAUCAUUACGAUGCGUUUCUGGUGCCAGACCUGCUAUUUGCCGUGUCUGAAUUUCCCCUAACAUCAAACGGCAAGGUCGACACGAAGGCCCUGGGAGAAAGGGUUAUUUUCGAGGCAGAGACAGAAGAUAUGAGUCCUCUGUCUGUCUCGUCUGAUACCAUGGAACUGAUUAGGGAGGGCUUUGCCUGGGUGUUUGACUGGCCGAUUCAUAACAUCCGCCCGACUACGUCCUUUGCCGAUCUCGGAGGCAACUCUCUGCGGGCAUUGAAACUGGUGUCGUUUUUGCGUCGACACGGCCUGAAUGUGUCAAUUGGGGAGGUCUUUACCUUAGAUCGUGUGUCAACCAUUGACAGCGCAGUUAUGCCAUUUCAGACGGACGUCGCUGAUGCGCCAUCUGAGCCUGCCGAGCAGUUAUCGGCGCCACUAACCGGCCACCAGAUUGAAAUGCUGAAGGAAACGGCCGAAGUGCCCUCUACUAAUUACUUGUUCUACACUAUGACUCGAGACUGUGGAGAGGAGCUGACCCCAGGUCGUUUGCGGCGUGUGUGGGAAGCAUUGUACCAACGACACCCCAUUCUUCGCGCCACAUUCGAUCUGGACCAAAACCGACAGAUAAUUCAGCCCACUGCAGACUUUGAAUGGGAGGAAUUUACCGUUUCCAGCCCAGAUGAGCUGUCUGCAGUCUCAGACGGAGAACUCCAGAAGCUCUGGGGAGAUUUGCGCUCACCCAGUCCGGAACUACGUCUACGGCCGAUAUUUCGCAUUGUCUACCUGCCCGGACAGACGAUUCGGGUGAACUGGAUAAUCCAUCAUGUGUAUACCGAUGGAUGGUCAUUUGGAAUUAUUCUACAUGAUUUCGAACUCAUCCUACAAGGGAGAGAAAGUGAACUCUCGCCUGCGCCGAGCUUCGUCAGCAUCGCCCACUUUUUGGCUACAACGGCAUCGCGCGAACAAUCUCGAAUCCAGUCAUUUUGGUCCGAUUUCAGGGAACCGUGGAGUAGGAUGCAACCCCUCAAAUUACCAGCACCACCUGUUACCCCAUCACGAGAGUCAUGGGCCGAGAUCAGGGUCGAUUCGAGGGUGAAGAAGACCGCGCUGGACGAGGUGUCCCGGCUGAACGGCGUAUCCUGCGCAUCGGUCAUCUACGCCGCCUGGGCGCUGAUGCUCUCCCGAUACACAGAUUCCAGCACAGUCGGCAUGAAGAUCAGCGUAUCCGGACGAUCUCUGGGUCAUCCAGCCACCGAAAGCGUCGUGGGACCACUCAACGGCCGAUGCCCAUUUAUCACUGAGAUCGACACAAGCGACACCGUGUCUGGCUUUCUGCAGUCCGUCCACCGGGACUUCUACCGCGUCAACGAUCUGCAGUGGUCAUAUGACGAGUUGCGACGACAGCUUGCGCGAUCCGAGCACAACGACUAUUGGUUCGAUACACAGGUCGUUGUUUUAUUGGACAUCCCGGUCGAUGUGGGAGCGUGGAAGAUUAUCGAGUUGCAGAGGCCCUCGUCGCUGAUUUGGAUCGGGGUGGCUCAGAAGGGGGAGACGUUGAAUUUGCGUGUGGGAUACGAGGGGAGUGGGGAAGGGGUAGGGGAAGGAGUAGGGGAGAUGACGGAGUACUUUAUAAGGAUGCUGCGUGGGAUGGUAGAGACAUCGUCGUCUCGACAGAUUGGCGAUCUUACGGCUUAA